AUGUGGAAAUUGAAACUUUUCCCAGGAUUUUUCCGGGGCUUGGCUGGAAAAUCCGAGCCGCCGAGACGUGUCUGCAUUGUUGGAAGUGGCCCAGCUGGUUUCUACUUUGCACAGCACUUGUUCAAAGGACUGCCUAGUGUUGUAGUCGACAUGUAUGAAAAAUUGCCAGUGCCUUUUGGGCUUGUAAGAUAUGGUGUCGCCCCGGACCACCCUGAGGUGAAGAAUGUCAUCAACACUUUUACAAAAGUAGCAUCAAACCCAAAUUUUCAAUUUAUCGGCAAUACAUCAGUCGGUAAAGAUAUCAGGUUUGACGACCUGACCAGUGCAUACCACGCUGUCGUUUUGGCAUAUGGUUGUAGUGAAGACCUGGAGUUGGGGGUGAAAGGAGAAAAUUUGGAAAACGUGAUCUCAGCAAGGAGAUUUGUUGGCUGGUACAAUGGACUCCCAGAAGACAAAGAUUUGACUGUUGACUUUUCAUCGGAAGAUGUGGUCAUUAUUGGCCAAGGAAAUGUUGCUAUAGACACUGCUCGAAUUCUCCUUACACCUGUUGACCUCUUAAAGAAAACAGAUAUUACAAGCUAUGCACUAGAUGCACUUUGUAAAAGCUGUGUUAAGCGUGUUCACUUGGUCGGACGGAGGGGUCCAUUACAGGUCGCGUUUACCAUAAAAGAAUUCAGAGAGAUGACAAAAUUGCCAAAUGUUCAGACUCUAUUUAGAAAUGAACAAUUUGACAUUGAUGAAGAUCUUAUAAAUGAUUUGCAAAGGCCCCGGAAACGCCUGACAGAGCUGAUGAUGAAAACGGUGUCAACUGACCAAAAUGGGGACAAAACAUUUUCCCCUUUAUUCCUCAGGAGGCCAGAGGAAUUCCUCGGCGAUGAAAGGGUCGAAGGGGUCAAAUUCGUAAUAAACACCAUUGAUAACAAAACUGGCAUCGUAACUCCAACUGAUAACUUUGAAAAUGUAGAAUGCGGCAUGGUUUUAAGAAGUAUCGGAUAUAAAGGCAUCUGCCCUGAUGACGCGAUUCCAUUUGAUCGUAAAACAGGCCAAGCAAUUAAUAGCUUAGGAGUAUACACAUCUGGUUGGAUAGGUACUGGCCCAACUGGUGUAAUUAUAUCAACAAUGAACAACGCCUUCAGUCAGGCGGAUGCUCUAAUCCAAGAUAUACAAUCAGGAAAACUGGACACGUCAGAGGCCAAGCCAGGAUACAAUUUCAUAAAAACCAUCCUAGAUGCCAACGAUGUGGUGACAGUGAGUUUUGAAGGUUGGCAGCGUAUAGAUAAGGUUGAAGUUGAAAGGGGCGCCAAAGAAGGAAAGCCUAGGGAAAAAAUUGUUGAUAUAGAUGAACUGGUAGAAAUCGGAGGUGAAAAAUCUUAG